AUGGGCGAUAAUGAAUCCCUUGUCGCAAGUGAAGCGUCGAACGACCCCCCAAGGUCCCCGUCUCCAAUCCCUCCAGAACCAGCUGCUGCUUCGACGCCUGAUGCGUUCCCUUCGAUAGCGAGCGACACGUCUAGCAGCGCACAGCGUGUGGUCACGGGGAAGAGAAAAAGGGCGCUCUUCCAGACGGAGACUGUAGAAAUGAUGAGGCAGAUCCAAGCUGAAGAUGUGGCAGCAAUCUCCCUGAAUUUCUCCUCAGUAGGACAACGGAUCUGCGCUGGGACCAACACCGCAUUUGCUGCAGCACAAAAGUCUUGCACACAGCGGCACACCGUUGUUAUACUGACUCCAAAAAGGUGA